AUGCCGAGAAAGCCGAUCAAUAAUCGUUUCAACAAACAAAACAAACAUUUUUUCAACCAUGACGAUAGAACAGCUCGCAUGGACGACGACCAUCCGAUGGAAUUCGGCGGUGUCAAGCCCCGGGUAUCCUUCAAAAAUCCAAGAUUUGGAAGAGAUCGUGUGCGUCAUGUUAAUUCAGUUACCAAAGAUCAAAUAGCAGAAGCUAUGUCCUCGAGUACAAGUGUUAGGCAAGUUAUGUUCAAGCCGAGGAGUAGAGGCAAAGGUGGGCGGCUCAGUCCCAUGGUGAAUCGAGGCCCAAGAUUAAAUAUUAAAAGUAGAGUUAAUCUUAAUGGCGAAGCACAGUGGUAUAAAAUAAUGGUUGAUUUAUUAUGGUGAUAAAUAUGAUAAAGAAUAUAUUCUGACCAGCCUACUCAGCUACAUGGCUCCUCAUACGUUCAUACCAAUAAUGUAUAAAGUGAUUGGACAAGAAGCUAUUUUUUACGUUGACAGCCAGGAAACUGCUAACAAACUAGCUGAGUGUCACAAAAAAAUUACAACGCCUGAUAAUCACAAGCUCCAAGUACGCGUACGUCCUGGUUUUCCAAAAUGUGAAGCUGACGCUGUGCUAAAAGAGAAAUUGAAAGCAGCUAUGGCCAAGAGAUACAAUCAGCAAAAUAAUGCUCUGGACCUUUCGUGCUUUCACCACGAUCCUGAUCUCGUUCAAGAUUACUUCUGCGCUUUAUUCAGACCUGGAAUGUUGAUGUCAGUACUGGAGAUUGUCGCUGAUGCAAUUCCUAACCUGGAGGCAUUGAAUCUUGAAAAUAAUAAAUUAUCUAUUAUUGAAAAGCUUAGUUUUUUGGGAAAAAAACUAAGGCAUUUAAAAAUCUUAUACAUUGGUGACAACAAAAUCAGAGAAAUGCAUCAGAUGGAUGUUAUCAAAGAUUUACCACUCGAAGAAUUACGUCUUGCCGGUAACCCUCUUGUACAACACAAGUACAAAAAACGCACAGAUGACUAUAUCAGCGACGUAAGGAAAAAAUUCCCCAAACUUCUCCGACUGGAUGGCAUGGAAUUACCUAAACCAAUAGUAUUUGAUGUCGCAGAAGAAGGUAUCCAAUUACCUCCCACGCAAAAAGCAUUUGCAAAGAAUGGUGAAGCUUUGAAAGUAGCGGAGCAAUUUAUGUUUCAAUACUUCACUAUUUUCGACUCUGAUUCUCGGCAACCCCUUCUUGAUGCUUAUCACGAGCAUGCAUUUUUGAGUCUUACUGUUGCUCAGAGCCCGACGAUACAAAAAUUCAACAAAUAUUUAUCAGACAACCGAAAUUUAUUCCGGUGUGCUGAUACAAAUCGCCGCAUGAGAUUAUUAAAACAAGGAAGACUACCAGUAGUAUCAUUUAUCUCGGAAUUGCCGAAGACCCAGCACUUCUUAAAUUCAUUCACUAUGGACACCACAGCGAUCUCAGAAUCGACGAUAGUUAUCACCGUGACUGGUUUAUUCAAAGAAGUAGGAGCCAAGGAUCAGCCGAUCCGUUACUUCGACCGCACAUUUGUCAUCGUUAAAUAUGGCAAUGGUUACUGUAUAAAAAACGAGCAGCUGAGCUUGGCACACCCAACUCCAUCUCAAGAGCGCCAAGUUUUGAACAGUCCGCAGGCUACGAUAGCUGAGCAAGCAGCAUCAGCUAUUCAAGCCCAACAAGUACCAGAACAGCCUCAAGCUCAAGCUCAACCUCAACCUCAGCCGUCAACUUCAGGAGCGUCUUCUCAACCCAAUGAGGAGCUUCAGCGCCAAAUGACUGUUGCUCUCAGUGAUCAAACUAAGAUGAACCUCGAGUGGAGCUUCAAGUGCUUACAAGAGGUACAGUGGAACUUUGAAACUGCCCUUCGCGCGUUUAAUGAAUUCUUUCAAGCUGGGAGAAUCCCAGCUGAGGCAUUUAAUCGAUAA